AUGUCAUUGAUCACUAGUUUAGUGAUUGUCGUGGCAUUGUUGAUGUCAAUGACAUCGGCCCAGUCCAAUGUCACAUGCGAUCAACCAUCGUCUUCAUUCUACAGUCUAAGUGGAACAUUGAUCAAUGGUACCAAGUUCGACUUUAAUCAACUCCAGAACAAAGUGGUACUCAUUGUCAACACUGCAUCUUUCGAUGAUAUGACCAAUGACACCUACAUCAACCUCAACUUGUUGAUGGACAAGUUCGGUCCACAAGAGUUUGCCAUUCUUGGCUUCACAAGUGCUCAGUUCAACAAUGAAGAACCAGGUCACAACAACCAACAGGUGCUCAUGUGCUUGAAGCAUGUAUGUCCAGGUCGCGGCUAUGAGCCAAACUUCCAGUUGUUUGAGAAGACUGAUGUUAAUGGACCAUCAACUAGCCCAGUGUUUGCUUGGUUGAAGAGUGGAUGUGGACCAUCAUCACCAACACUUAUGGCUACUGAUUUGAUCAGCUGGACACCAGUAUUGUACAACGACAUUGAGGGUAACUUUGCCAAGUUCCUGAUAUCCAAGACUGGCACACUCUUUGCCAGAUUCUCGAUUGACACCCUUGCCCAGGACUUGUCUGGCGUCAUUUCCAGUCUUCUGAGCCAAUAA